GAGUGCUUUGCCAAGAUUCUGUUGAGCUCUCUUUGCAGUUUGCACAGGUGGGUUGCGUGGACUUGCGUUUGUGAGGGAGGGAUGGACCUUAAAGAUGAUUAAAAAUUUGAAAAUUUUCUGAAGUCAACCCAGAGCAGUUUAGGAGAUUCUCAUUACUGUACAAGCUUUGGUUUUGCCAUUGCGCCUUCUUAUAUAUUACCUAUAUUCAAUGUAAAGAACUGCAGAAGCAAUCUGGUGACUGCAAAAGUGCCAAUGGAAGCAGUCAAUUCAGCUGACACUGGCUCCGUCCCAAAUCCUCAAGUAAUUUACCGCUGCAAAAAAUGCCGGAGAAUCGUUGCUUCGCAAGAGAACAUACUUUCACACAAGCGUGGGAAGGGAGAAGAGUGCUUUAAGUGGAGGAAGAGAACAGGUGAGCCGAACAACUGGGAAAAGGAUCCAGCUGAAUGCUCAUCCAUAUUCGUAGAGCCCAUGAAGUGGAUGCAAGCAGUGGAAGACGGUUACGUGGAAGAGAAGCUUCUGUGCAAGGGCUGCAACGCUCGCUUGGGUUCCUUCAACUGGGCGGGGAUGCAGUGCAACUGCGGAGCUUGGGUGAAUCCGGCGUUUCAACUGCACAAGAGCCGGAUCGACGAAUGCCAUAUCUGAAGCAUAGAGUAAUGUAAACCAUCUAUCCGCUGGAACACUUCUGUGGUUUGUACAUAAUCUUGUUCCGUAGGAUCGGCCAUUCGGCAUGUCGGUGGGGAACGACAAACUCCGAAAAUUGACAUUGCACGGAUUAGAUACAUCAUCCCCUAUAUAUUUUGGUAUCCCAAGUUGCAUACAUCCAUGUUAUAUGAGA